GACACAGUGUUUCUGAUGGUGCAGACUUACGGCCAACAGUCAGUGGAGAAGACCAUGGAGGUCUUAAAGGAGAUGAAGAGGACUGAUCUGGCUCAGAGGCUGUCAGACUGCAGCUCACUGCCUCGAAAGAAACACUCUGUGGAUGAACGACGCUCUGCACUGAUCCACAAAGUGGCAACAAUGGCAGCUGUUAAACAUCUGCAUUUAGAAUAUUUGAAUAAUUUGAACAACAAUGAACUUCAGGACUUUCAGAGAUUCCUACGAAACAUUUUUCAUUUGAGGAACUUGUUAUAUUCUUCAACGUGGUUAAAUAAACUAUCAACCAGAGCAGAUAUAGUGAAUCUGGUGGUGGAUGAACUUGGUCUGCAGUCUGUGGAGGUGAUCAGAGACUUCUUCAUGCACAUGAACAGAACUGAUCUGGUGCAGAAGUUACCAGAGAGCAGCUCAGCAUCCAGAGAGAAACACUCUGUGGAUGAACAUGGAGCUGCACUGUUGAAGAGAGAAAAAGAACUGGAAGCUGUUAGACAGAUUCUCUUGGAAACACUGAAUGAAUUCAGUCAAAAAGAUCUCGGGAAAUUUAUUCUGUUGCUGCCGUUCACGUGCUUUAAGAUGAGCCUGCCACAAAUACAGAUGUAUCCAAACAGGACAGAAGACCUUGUGGAUCUGAUGGUGGAUGAACUUGGUCAUCAGUCUGUGGAGGCGACCAUGGAGGUUUUAACAGACAUGAACAGACCUGAUCUGAUGCUGAGGCUGUCAGAGAGCAGCUCAGAAAAGCGUCAGCCUUCACUGUUCCACACAGAAGCAUCCAUGACAUCAGUGAAGGAGAAACUUCUGGAAACACCGGAAAAUUUCAGUUUCAGUGAGCUUGAACAUUUUAAGAGAGUCCUGCAGCAGAGAGUAACAAAGAGAGGCUUCCAGAAAAUCCCAGCAUCCCAGCUGGAGACAGCAGACAGAGCUGAUGUAGUUCAACUGAUUGUGAAGACAUGCAGUGAAGAGUCUGUGGAGGCUGUCAGAGAGCAGCUCAGGUGA